AUGGCUGACUUUCAAGAUGAAUUGUUAGCAUUAGCCGGUGUGGAUGAUGCAGAUGUAGGGAAUGACCGUAAAAGGUUGCACGAUGAAUUGGACGAUGAUUCGGAUAGCAGCUCAGACGAAGAAAAAGGAGAAGAAAAUGAUAAUAAUUAUAGAGAAACUUCAGAAAAAGACAAAGAAAGUCAAUCUGAAGAUGAUUUUGAGGAAAAAUAUCAAAAUCCAUAUAUGCUUGAGGGCAAAUUCAAAGACGAAGCGGAUAGAGCAAGCAUCAUGGCCAUGUCAGAAAUUGAAAGAGAAAGUAUACUCUUUGAACGUGAGGAAGAAAUAUCCAAAUUAAUGGAGAGACGAGAAUUGGCCAUUCGACUUCUUCAACAAAAUAAUCAAUAUGCUGCACAGACGACAAGAAGGUCUGCUCGAGAUAGACCAUUGACAUCGACCGCAGCAGGUAAAAGAGACAAGUUAACAGAACUUAAGAAAAGAAGGCAGGAGCGGACUUACAAGCCAGACGAAGCAACAGUAAAAUCAAAGAAAGAAAACUUUAAUUCAGAUUAUGAAGAGGAAUCUGAAAGAAGCGAAGCAGAUGCUUCUCCCUAUUCUCCUGCUUCGGACUUGGAAGGAAAGGAUGAAGUAAAGGUCGGUUUGCCCGAAUUGAAUAGUAUUCGCAUGGGUCGUAAGCAUGUUGCUGAAUAUAUGUAUCAUCCUACGUUUGAAACUACGAUUACUGGCUGCUUUAUACGAGUAAAAAUUGGUGAAAGAGACGGCCAAGGCGUAUACAGAUUAUGUCAGGUCAGGGGAAUUACUGAAGGACGAAAACCAUAUCGUGUUGAAGGUGUCCUCACAAAAACAUAUCUAGAAUGCUUUCAUGGAAAAUCAAAAAGGGUGUUUGAGGCCAAUGUUUUAUCAAACGAGCCUUUUACCGAGUCGGAUUUUCAACGUUGGUUUCAUCAAAUGAGCGAGGACAAGCUCAGUAUGCCUUCGAGAUCCUUUGUUGAAAGAAAACUUGAUGAUCUUAAGCAAAUGACACAAUACUUAUUAAACGAGAGAGAGGUAUCUGACAUUAUUCGCAGAAAGAAAGAACUUUCAAGAGUUCCUUCCAACCUUGCUGCGGAAAAAACUCGUCUUCGUCAGCAUCGCCAAGCUGCCAUUGGUGCUAACAAUACCGAGCUUGCGAAAGAGUUAGAAGAGCGAUUGAAUACACUACAAGAACUUUCUGUAGGAAAUACAACUCAAACAAACUUUUCAGAAAUGGAUCAGCUUGCAAAGGUUAAUGAGCGUAAUCGCCGCCGUAACCAAGCUGAGGUUCGUUUAGCUGAAAAACGUAUGAAUGAAGAACGGCGAAGAUUAGCAACUCCCGCUACGAGUCUACCACCGUUAGCUGUUGCUGGAAACUCUAAUAGCUCGACUCCUUCCAUCCCUGCGUCUAGGAUUUCAACGCCCCAGCCUGAGCAGAACUUUUCGUCCAAUACUCAUUCAGCGCCUCAAUCUCAAACUGUUGCCUCUUUGGACAAUACACCUAAAUUAUCUCCUUCAGAUUCUCAUAUAUCGAUCAAUGAACCUGUCCCAGCUCCCGUUGACCACGAACCGGCCACCUUAGCUGAGAAGGAAGCCAGACUUCGUGAGAAGGCUGUUCAUGGUAUCGACGAUUUAAUUGCUACUGCUGAUUUCGGCAUUGAUAUUAACAUAUGA